AUGUCUCAAAUCGAAAAACUCCUUUCUGUAAAACGAAAACCAAUGAUCCACAAUGAAGGUUACAUCUAUACUGUAGAACGUACAGCAACGACAAAAUUGAUCUUUCGAUGUCAGAAGCGAGAUUCUCGUUGUCAUGCCAAUUUAUCCAUUAACGCAUUUCUUUUACCACCAACAUCACAUUCUCAUGCUUCACCACCUGAUUGUAUUCCAGCUAUGCAAUUGAAAAAUGAUAUUAAAGCUCGUGCUGCAACGACAGAUGAAUCCACCAGCUCAGUUCUUCAUUCGGCCUUACGUACAUAUCCACUAAGUGCCGUUGGGGCACUUCCAAGAAAUGAAGCACUUAUGCUAAUGAUUCGAUAA